GUGGUGGCGGGGUUGGAGGGAAGAUGUCGGGUUGUGAGGCCCGCGAUGCCAAGAAGCUGGUGCGGUCGCCCAGUGGGCUGCGCAUGGUGCCCGAGCACCGCUCUGCCCGCAGCCCCUUCGGCCUGGACGAGCCGCCCUGGGUGCCUGACAAGGAGUGCCCAAGAUGUAUGCAGUGUGAUACAAAAUUUGACUUCAUAACUAGAAAGCACCACUGUCGAAGAUGUGGGAAGUGUUUCUGUGACAAGUGCUGCAGUAAAAAAGUGCCUCUGCCUCGCAUGUGCUUUGUGGACCCUGUGCGCCAGUGUGCUGAAUGUGCCCUCAUCUCUCAGAAAGAAACAGAGUUUUAUGACAAGCAGCUUAAAGUACUUAUGAAUGGUGCUUCAUUCUUUGUAACUCUGGGAACAUCUGAAAAAUCUGAGCUCAUGGUUUGUCGACUUUCCAACAAUCAGAGGUAUCUGGUUUUGGAUGGAGACAGCCAUUAUGAAAUUGAAAUUAUACAGAUUUCAACUGUUCAGAUACUUACAGAGGGAUUUACUCCUGGGGAAAAAGAUACUUGCACUUACACCAGCCUUCUGGAGAGCCAGCACAUAACUGAAGGAGGCAAUACUCGUGCCAUAGGUAUGAUUCUGCAGUAUAAGGUACCAGGAUCAGAGGAGCUAAUGCAGAUGAAGUUUACAGCUUGUGAAGACUUCAGCUGUAAUAAGAAGCUGUCAGCAAGCUGGCUGGCAGCUAUGCACAAGGCAACAAAACUUCUUUACGAGUCCCGGGACCAGUAAGGACAGCAAACCGCUGGCACCUGAGGGCAGAGCCCAGCCUCCACAGACUUGCCUCUUGCUCUCUGCUAGUUAAUGGCUGGUAACACUCAUGGUUCUUGACCCUCUAUCAUUCCAGCGUGGUUCAGGAUGCAGGAACUGGCAGAUGCAGGGGGAGCAUGUUUCUGACCCAUGAGUAUUCACAAUAGUGUGCAAUAUGUAUACAAUUACUGCUUUAAACAGCCUCACCUUUUAAGACUUUGUAUAUUUUGUUAAGCCUUUAUUGGUACUUAAUAUAAAAGUGACCUGCACUACAGCCCCUGUACAGCACAACUUUCAUAGUAACAGUUAUGUAUACUGUUUGCUACAGAAAGCAAACAAAUGUAUAUGUCUCUUCUGCAGAGAACAGCUUUUGGGUAUAGAUCUCAGGUUUUUCCCUCUAUCCAAAUGGUUAAAAGUCAAUGUACAAUAAUGAAAUAUGCCUUAGCUAUGAUUUUAUAGAAAUCACUUUUUUUUUUUUUAACAUUUACUGUUAAACAUUAAAUAUUUCAGCAAAUACCACAAACUGGACUUACAUGACCUUGAAACUUCACUUCUGUGAUAUAAAUAAGCUUCCAGAAUAAUGUUUAGUUUUGUAUUUUCUUUUUGGUAACUAGCUUUUGUUAAUCUAACUGUAAUACUCUCUGAAAUUGUAUACAGUUUAAUGUAUAAAUAUGAAUAAAUUAAUUCACUUAUUUAAAAAAACCUAGGUCAUACUUAAUUUUGCAGUGUGUAACUUUGUGGAUACGGUGGUCUCUGCUCUCUGAAACUUCCCCUUUUGAUAAAGAGCACUCUCAGUUUAGUUCUAACCAUUGAUAAUUGCCUCAACCACUGGGAUGAAUCCUCUGGCUGCACACUCUGUGCCAAGUGACUUUCUGCCCUGGUCUUCCCAUGCUGGUAAAGACUGAGUAAACCAGUGCAGGAGGCUGAGCUGUCAGCUUGUAUGUGAAGGACCCCUCAAGAGCUUUUCUAGGUAAGUAGUAAUUUAUCACAGCUGGAAUACUGGAGAACUUGUAUAAAACGCUGUUUGGCAACUCCCUGUCUGUGCAGCUGGUGAAGGAGGCAGUGAGGAAGCUGGAGGUGACAGGCAGAACAUGACAAGCUCAGAGUGCUCUUUUUAUGGCAACUGUGAGGGAAGGCAUGUUUGCCUGCUGUUUUACCUGUAUAAAAAUACUGGAGAAUGCAGCCAUGCCUUAGCAGGACUUUAUUGUGCACAUUUACACGUUCUCUGAAUUAGUGUAUCAUAGGCUCUUGAAAUCAUCACAUUCAUGUAGCAAAUUCUUCAACAAUAAUACCCUUUCACUUUUCACCACAAUAUAUACAGUUAAUGCUAACCUGUGGUAAAAGCAAGUUACAGCACUGCAGGAAUGGAGAUAUAAAUUAUACACAGAACUUGUACAUGAAGAAUUAAUCAAAUUGCAUACUGUUAAAUGGGAGAAAAUUACAAGAAAUAUGGCUAAAACUCAUAAUGGAAAUUCAAAAUAGACUUCUGAUGUAUAAAAUCAUGUACAAUUAAAAUGCCAGUGAAGUGCCUCUUUGUUUUUUUGCUGGAAACUCCCAUGUACUGGAAUAGGUUAUUGCAUAACUUGCCUUGGCAAGAACUGGAGGCUGCCAGGAACCACAAUAAAAUAAGUUAGUGCCUUUCUUAAAUCCUUCUCUAAACCUUGUUUCUUUCUUCUCCUUGACUUUGCAUCUACACAACCCUCUUCCUACUUCUAUCCCAUCCUUCAUAUUUUAGUCUAAACUGACUUGGGCAGACUUCAGCUCACACAGUAUAACCCUUACCGGACUCUCACCCUUUUCUACUAUUGCACUUCCAUCCAUGCAGACAUACAAAUCCUUUAACUGCUGCACAUUUGGUACUGACUGCUUUGGCCAGGGCAGACAAGUGCCAGUAGCUGGCAGAGGAACCUUUACAUUAGUAGAGAUAACACUGGUGCUGUAGGCUGAAUAAGAAGAAAAUAAAACACUAUGUGAAAUACCGUGUAGGGGAUUUGAGAAGUGUACAAAUACUGUUGUUCUGUCAGUUCUCUAGCUCAAUUCUAAAUGCAAAUAAUAUGAGGUGCUAGACUAUAGUUAAAGCUUUUGUUGGGGUUGUCUAGACUAGGAUGUAAGCCUGUAGCAUGUUACUGCUUAAUCCUAGCCUUAAUUUAGCUUUGGUGACUACUUAAAUUAUGCACAUAGUAAGUCAAGAUCUUGUGUCCUAGAACCCAAGAGUUGAUCGUAAUAAGAACUCAACAUUCACUGGUAUCAAACAAAAUAUCCAAAAUCCUGAUGUGGGACAGUUGCUGUGGGGUUGGAGCAAACUGGACAGCGUAUCUGCACCCCACAGGUGACACCUCUGAACAC